AUGGCCAUGAAAGUCACUACCUGGUCUCAGGGCCAGAAGCAACUCCUCUGCCUCGCUCGUGCGAUGGUUCCAAAAGGCAAAGUACUAAUCCUUGAUGAAGUGACGAGCAAGUAUCGAGACCGAGAAUUUCAUGCAAUGCAGGAAGUCAUCAACAGAUUCAACACUGAGUUUUCGACUCAUACUGUCUUGGCAGUUGUGCAUCGGUUGAGGUUCAUCCACCAUUACGACCGUAUCGCUCUUUUAGAUGACGGUGUCAUGAUUGAAUUCGGUUCUCCCGGGGCGCUGAUGUCAAUGAAUUCUCGUUUUAAUAUACUUCAUGACUCGGGAAAUUUGUGA